UGAGUGGCUCCUUGUUUCAAUUUUUUUGUAAUGUAAUGUGAAUUUGAUGAUGUAAACGAGACAGACCUUUGAUGUUAUAAAAGAAGGGAAGGGAUGUAAUAGGCAAGGUAGGAAGCUCUAAGCGUGAGGUCGAUGGAUCGUAUGGUGGUAGCGUUUAUCGGGAUUGGACUUCGAAUCUUUGCCUUCAUAUGUCUCUUUAUCGCCUUGGUCGUAAUUGCCACUGACAAACUGGUCCUCAUUGAUGGCUCCGAAUCAACCUUUAAUGACGUUCAAGGAUACAGGUACGUUUUGGCCGUGGCAAUCAUAGGGUUAGUCCAUACAAUACUACAACUGGGUUUCUCUAUAUACUAUGCGGUUACCCAAAUCGUACCCUUUUGGAAGGGACUCCCUCAAUUCAAUUACUACGCAGACCAGGUGAUAAAUUGGGUGUUGGCAUCGGCGGCGGGGGCCGGCCUUGCGGUGUCGGCGGAUCGUAAAAUGUUACUGAAUCAAGUUGUCGAGAACGAUAUCGGCGAUUGCGUGGUGUUGUUUGCAGCAUUGGAUCAGCAGAAGUGGUUGGUUAACGAUUUCUUCGAUAGGGCCAAUAUCGCCUCUGCCAUUCUCUUCCUUGCUUUCCUCUCCAUCGCCACUCUCCUCCUCCUCUCUCCAUUCAAUCGGAUCAAACCUAUGCCCACCACCCAAGAUCUUGAGGCCCAUUCUCCGCAGGCCCAAAAGAUCCAGGCCCAAUCUCCACAGGCCCAAAAGGUCGAGGCCCAAUCUCCACAGGCCCAGACAGUCGAGGCCCAACCUACGGAGACCUCUUCCACUUGAUUUUUCCCAUUUCACCGUUGCUUUUCAUC